AUGUGCGAAGAAAGAGGGUCGGAAUUAGUUACAAUAAAAGACUCACAAAUGAACGAGGCCAUUGUACGAGAGCUCGAUAGAGUGCAAACAAGUUCAAGUAAAGUUGGAUAUAAACGAUACUUUAUCGGUCUGAACGAUAUCAAGAAUGAGGGGAAAUGGGUUUGGUCAGAUGGCACAAGAGCAAGUUACACCAACUGGAGAACUGAUGGUGGGGAUGAACCAAGUAAGGGACAAAACAGGAAUGAAAACUGUGCAAUUGCAUUGGAAAAAAAAUAUGAUCAUACGUGGGCUGAUGUUUCUUGCAGUGCGAAGUAUCUCAGCAUUUGUCAAAAAAAUGUAAACAACAUCAUCUUUUACCAAGACACGGAACUGUAUUUUAAUCAUUUGACGUUGAGAAAUUACACCCAGAGUAAGAAGGCUUGCGAAGAAAGAGGAUCGAAAUUAGUUACGAUAAAAGAUUCAAAAAUCAACGACGUUAUCAUACGUGGGCUAAACACAGAGCAAGCUAGUGCAGAACAACGAUAUCUCAUCAGUUUGAACGACAUCGAGAAUGAAACAGAAUGGGUUUGGUCAGAGGGUACAAAAGCAACUUAUACCAACUGGUAUAGUGUUUCUGGGUGGAUAGAACCAAGUAACCCUAUAAACCGAGAAGAAGAUUGUGUAAUUAUGUUGGAAAAAAAAUAUGACCGAAAGUGGGCUGAUGUUACUUGCAAACUCAUAUUCAACGAGAGAGGAAAUUGCAAAUAUCAUUUCAACUACUUGGACAAAAGAACUUUUUACUACGCUCAGACAUAUUGCUCCAAAUUGGAUAUUAAUGCAACCCUUGCAAUGAUCAAAACAGAAGAAAUUCAUCAAUACAUAACAGAAGCGAUUAAAACAAGAUUUCGUUUAGUAAAUAAUAUGACUUUCUGGGUCGGUGCAAAGAAACACAGUAGUGAUUCAUGGAGAUUCAUUGACAGCACGCCAUUCUCUGUUGGUGGAUUUGAAAAGUGGGCAAAUAAUCAACCGGGAUCUGGAAAUAAAGUAUAUCUCAAUACGAGUGUUGAAGAAUCAAACACAGAUCUACUAUGGUUUUCUGGAACAAAUGAUGAUAAAAGAGGUUUUAUCUGUGAAUUACCAGUCAUUGAUCCUUGUCACUCAACACCAUGUAAGAAUGGAGGAAGUUGUAGAAGUACCAUCGGGUGUCAGAUGGAAUGUAGUUGUGACAACGGAUACAGCGGAACAUAUUGUGGGCAUGACAAAUUGUCCAUCACUGCGACUCAAUCGAAUAAUAUUACUCUCAUUGGCGAAUCAGUGCGAAUAACUCUUGAAGUUGUGUCUGAACUCGGGGAAGUCGAAAUCAAACUUUACAAAACUGGAAAUUCAAAUGUCCUAAAUAAAACAUCAGUCGGAAAUGGAAGCGUUAACUUCAAAAUAGGCCCGAUGCGUUCAGCUUCUGAAGGGCAAGAAUACACUUUCAAAGCAGUGGCAGGAGAUGUUAAACGAAUUGUUAACGUAACGAUAGUUGUUCACGAGAAAGCAAAUAUCACCGAUAUCAUUCCAUCCCGUAUUGCGAUUCCAUCAAACCAGAACCAAACAAUUACUUGCUACGCUACCGGAUUCCCUAGUCCUUCUGUGCUAUGGUAUUUUGGGGAAGAAGUCGUCCGCAGGAAUACGAUUUCUGAUGUUCACCAGUUGAAUUCCUCAGACAAAUCCAUAUUAUAUUUCAAAAGUCCAGGCGUUGAAGCCAAAUUGCACGCUGGAGUCUAUACUUGUCGCGUGACAAAUUACGUAGGUGAAGACCAAACUAAAGCCGGAAAUAACAGAAUGGCUAAAGUUAUUGAAAUGCCUGAAUACUCGGCAUCAUCAACUAACUGUAGUUCAGGUAUUGAAGUCAGGUGGAUUCCCGGUGUGGAAGCAACUCAUAUAAAACACAAGAUCACUCUAUUGGGAGAGCGCGACAAUAAAACGAUUGAGGUCACCCCAUAUGAUAAUCAAGUGAAUACAACUAUUUUCACAAACAUGACUCAACAAUCGCUGUAUACUGUGAAGAUGUCACUCUGUCUCGAAACAUGCAUACCGAACCCCGGAAAAGGAGUCAAAGUGAAAACAGGCAUCGAUCAAGCUGGUGUGAUACACGAUAUCAAACUCGAAGAGCAUGUGGUCGAUAAAACAUGUAAGAUCUCAUGGUCAAACACAAACGAUUCGGAAUACGUCACUGGCUUCAAGGUUUCAGCUUAUUCAACUUUGGUUAAAAUUGGAACUAAAGAUUUGGAAUCUAAGAAGUACAACGACACGUUCAAUAUUCCACUCAAAUCGGCUCAGAAUUAUUCCUUCAAUACCAACCCGAAUAGAAACUACUCCGUAUUCAUUCAAGCGAUUGCUUGUGAUAAACCAGGAAUUUUGUCCAGAGCUGUCGGCGAUUGCACAAGCGAUACAGAAGCUCCAUCGAUCGUAGGUGCGCCGAAGAUAUUUGAGAAUGGAAGUGACACGAAAACAAGAAAUAUUGAAAUUCCAGCCAUUGACCAGAGUAAUGGACCAGUCAGUUGCAUCUUUGUUAUUGUUGGCAUUUAUAAACAAAAACAGAACAAGCAUUCCUUCAUUAACUUUACAAUUGAGGAUUUGACGAAGGCCGAGGCAAAUUCGAAAUUAUCCAAACCACAUGUGGGCAUGAAAUACAUUGCCAUAGCAAGCUCAAACAUUCCACUUGAAAGUAUUAUUGUGUCUCUUGGUGAUGAUGUGUCAACUUCCUGUGAUAUUCACAGUGCAGCACAGAACAUAAAACAAAAGAAGAGAGAAAUAUCUCAGACGGUUCUUACUGCAAAAAAUUUUCCUUUAAACGCGGGAAAAUUUUACGAUUAUUUCGUUGUCACAACAACUCCUGGUGUGAAUGGAAAGAUACACCUCGGAAUAAGCGCUAUACAAUCAUUCAAAGUUGACGCUGCUUCAACAACCUGGCUGAUAGUAAUUAUCAUUCUUGUGGUCGUUGUCAUCAUUGCAGGGGCAAUUGUCUUGUUUGUCUAUUACAAAAGGCACCAAUCAUCAAAAAAUAAAACGAACGCAAGCAUUGCCAUGUCCGAAACUGCAACACCAGCAGAUUUCGAAAGCGCAUAUGAAAACGUUCCAAAGGAGGCGGUAGAAAUAGAGCCUAAAACAAUAAUACAUGCCAAGUUACUCCUGACCACUUACAACAAAAUAAAAACUAGUGACAGUCAAGAGUUUAAAUUGCAAUUUGAGAAAUUGAAGAAAUCUAUGACGUUGAUAAAUGAAACAAAAGAAAUCGCAUCUCGUCCAAACAUGAUGCAAAAGAACAGAUAUAAAAACAUUCUCCCAUACGAUUCCACCCGUGUUGUAUUGAGUGGAGAAGGUGACAAAGACUACAUAAAUGCUUCGUAUAUUCAUGGAUAUGAAACCCGCAAUAAAUUCAUUGCAAGUCAAGGACCUUUGCCGAAUACCGUGAAUGAUUUCUGGAGAAUGGUAAUUGAGCAAAAAUGUACUGUAAUUGUUAUGUUAACCGGGUUGUUAGAAAGAGGGAAGAAAAAGUGUGAAAAGUAUUGGCCAGAUGUUAACAGAACAGCAUCGUAUAAAUCAAUUUUUGUAAAGACUGUCAAUGAAGAACAUGUUGGAAGUAAUAUAAAAAGAACGUUUGAAGCUACUUCUACUGAUGGGCCGAAGCAAACCAUAACUCAUUUUCAAUUUAAUACAUGGCCUGAUCACGGAGUCCCUGUAACAACAUCAGGGUUUUUCAGACUUCAUAAAGCAGUUUCUGAAAUUAAUUGUUCAACACCGAUAAUAGUUCAUUGCAGUGCUGGAGCCGGGAGAACCGGUACGUACCUUGCGUAUGAUUAUCUCCUGAAUCAAAUUGAGAAAGAAAACGCUAUUGAUGUUUAUAAAUGUGUUCAUACAUUGAGAAAACAAAGAGUAGAUAUGGUCCAAAACGUGGACCAAUAUAUCUUGGUGCACAAGCUAUUGGUUGAACAUUAUGUCUUUGGUGACACAGAUAUGGAUGAAGAACAGCUUCGACAGUUGAUGCAAAGCGAGAACGCGGAUCAACUUCUACUAGAAUUCCGAAAUCUGUCAGAAAUACAACCGAUGAAUUUGAAGAAAGAUGGCGAGGAAGAGAAGUACAGAAAAAUGAAUCGAAAUCAAAAUAUAAUUCCAUACAACCGAAACAAAGUCGUAAUAGUUCGAAUGCCAGAAGACAAAGAAACAUCGUACAUCAAUGCUUCUAUUAUGGAGUCGUAUGAAGGAGGAGACAAAGUGAUCGCUGCCCAAGGACCGAUGAGAUCAACUGUCGAAUAUUUUUGGCGAGCAAUAAUGGACACCUGUGUGAGUGUUAUCGUUAUGCUGACUCAAGUAAUGGAAGGAGAACAGCAACAAUGCUUCCAAUAUUGGCCUGAUAAAAUCGGCAGCAAAUUGCAAUUUGGCAACAUCGGAGUUGAAUUGAUUGAAGAAACGUUUGAAAAUGAAAUCAUCGUACGAAGACUUAUUGCCACGAGAGAUAAACAAUCAAAGCCUGUCAUGCAUUACCAGCAUCCGAAUUGGCGUUCAGAAAGAUCUCCCGAUAUCUCAUCCGUGUUGAACUUGGUUUCAAUUUUCCAAAAGUUUCCACGACAACAGAAGCUCGUUCACUGCAGUGAUGGAGCAGGACGCACUGGCGUAUUUUGCGCAAUAUACAAUUUGUGUGAAAGAUUUAAAGUAGAAAAACGAAUCGAUGUUUUCCAAACUGUAAAAGACUUGCGAGACUGUAGACCCGGAAUGGUUCAAAUAGAGGAUGAUUAUAAACUUUGCUACGAUAUUAUGAUGGCAUAUGUUGAUUCAUUCAAUCUGUAUGAAACCAUAAACCGUCGUUCACAAGAAGUAUCUGGUUCGGCAGGCAAUGAAAACCUGUAUGAAAAUAUAAGUGCGAUUAGGAAAGCAAGAUGAAAAACAACUAUUAUUGUUUGAUUAAUGUUUUGCUUUAUUCAUACGCCUUGGUAUCCACCUCAAAUAUUCAUGCGUAUAUGCAAGUAGAAUAAUAUAAUGAAAUUUCUUAAUUAGCAUGGUCAAGAAUUUUUUAAUCUAUGCAUAUACGAAACAUAAAUGUUCUUACUAAACUUUGUAUACUUAAUCUUCAUGUCUAAUCAUCUCAAAGGCUAUUUUGUAAAUUUGUGUGUAUGCAAAAUGAGUAAGCAAGGCAUUCUGUUACACAUUCUUACGACGUUUCUUAUCUAUGCAUAUACAUGAAAAGAUGUUCUUAUUAAACAUGUUUACUUAAUCUUAAUGCCUUUAAUAUUUUUGCGUAUUGUAUUUUAUAAUUUCUUCAUACAUAUUUAUUAUUUUCUAUCGAUGUUUCAAAGUUCUGGUAAAAAUUUUUAUAUAGGUAUGUCUGAAAUGAAUAUUGACAAAUUACACAUUUAUCAAAAAUAAUAUUAAAUCUGCAGCAUACAUAAUUUUUAUCAUUUUUAGCUCAUCUUUUAUAGGGAAAUUUAGACAGAGCUCAACUGAGCUAUUCUGUGAUCAUUUAAACCAGAAUUCAGCUUUCCUCACUGCAAGGUCAUAUCGCAUUUGACUCGUAAUUUAUAGAAAUUUCCUAAAUGAGCAAUCUGUUCGAAACUGGCUGAACUCAGCUUUCCAAUAUAUGUAAUUAUUUUAACUUUUUCGUUAUUUUUGUUAUAUGCAAACUGUUUUUCAAUGUCUUAUCAUCGCUGCUAUAGAUUUUGUUUCGUU